AUGGAAGAGGUUAAAGCUGCUGUUAAUGCUGUCGAAGAAGAUCAUGAAGAAAUUGGAUCAAAUCCCGCUUCGGAAUCAAUCCAUCAAUUAGAUUUAUCAUCAGAAGCUCUGGUCACAUCUACAUUGAACAUUCGUGGCAAUAAAAUAACAACAACUCUACGUCCUCGAACUUCACCAUAUAAACGAGCGGGUGAUGCUUCUAUGUCGCGUGAGGAUCUUCGGUCACCUGAUUCAGUAGCCGCUACCUAUACCAUCCGUGAAAACCGCUCAGAGCGACAAACAAAAGUGAAGUUGGAAAGUUUGGAACGACGGCUCAAGGCGAAUGAAAAAGCUCGGAAAGAGAUUGAAGCUGAAGCUGAAAAAUGGAAAGAUCGGGCGACACGAAACUCGAAACGGCUCCCAGAAUUAGAACUUGAACUGGCAGAAACUGUGCAAGCAAAAGAAGAAUGGCAGGUUAAAAGUCAGGAAAUGGAAAUUCAAAAUAAACAACUCGUUGAAGAACUGAAUGAAGUUCAGAAAAAGCUAGAAGAAAUUGAGAAUUCACAAAAAACGUUUCAUCAAAAGGUUGUCUCAACUCUCAAUUUGGAUGAAGAAUACUUCCAAAACCCGGAUGAAGAACAAGAUGGAAGUCUAAGUCAAUUCAACAUGGACGUUUUGGAGCAAGAAAUUGUGAAGUAUCAAGAGAAAUGCAUAAGUUUGAAGCAGGAAAAUGAGAUUUUAAAAGAGAAAUUGCAACAGUUAUCAUCUUCAUUGACUGUUAAUCAGAACCAUGUUUCCACCUUGAUGGAUCACUUGGAAAUUAACAAAGAGCAGAGUAGAGAAAUUCAAGGAAUCUGCAAAAAAGAAAUAGCAAUCCGCCAAGACCAUGAAAAUCGUAUAAACCAUGAUGUCACUCUACUAAACUCUUUAAUAAACGAGCAGAAAAUGGAACUUGAAAUGCUUAAAGCUGAAAUUCGCUGCCUUCGUUCCUAUUCUCAGGAAAUGUCUCAAUCUAAUAAAAAUAAUAUAAUUCUUUUGAAAUCUGCUGAAACCGAGCGAAAAAGUCUAUUGGAAACUCUCACAGUUUUGUUGAAUUCCGAAGAAGAGGCAACCGAAAAUAAUGUGAAAAGAACUAUCCGAGAUCUUGUCCGUGAACGAGAUACUGAACAGACAAAACGAUUUGAGGCUGAAAAGGCAGCAUCAAAUGCUGAAGGAGUUCUCUUGGAGCAGGCAAAACAACAAAGAAAUGCUCUUUUUAGAGCAAGAGUUUCAGAAGAAGAAUACUCAAAAUCGAUGGAGAAAAUUGAGGAGCUUGAGCAAGAAUUGUUGGCAAGUGAUCUAGAACGGAAGAAUUUGGAGCAUAAAAUUGCAUCUCUAGAAAACUGUAUUUCCAAAGUAUCUCAACUGUUAAAUGUUAAUGUUGGAGGCGUAUUCGAUGCAAUUUUUGAUCGAAUUGAAGAACUUAUUGCUCAAGAGUCUGUCUAUCGAGUUGUAGUCAAUGAGAAUAGAUUGAUUUCUGAAAACAUUUUCCGUGGACUUCAAAGUGUGAGAAAAGAUUUUCAAUCAGGGAAAAGCGGUGGCGGUUCCGACAAAAAACAGCCAGCUUCGCCAGUGGCAGCUGCAGCAAAGAUUAUUCAAGAGCGACAUACUCUGAAAACAAUUGAUAAAAUGGAUAAAUUGAAUAAGGAUCUUUUGGCAACAAUGACCAUUGAGACACUGAAAGCAGCGGAUAUUGAGAAGACCAAUCUAAAGAAGCGAAUGAACGAACAAGACGCUCGAAUUCGUCAACUGGAACGAGAAAAGAAAGAAGGAGAACGAAUCCGAUCGAUAAUUGCGAAAUGGGAAAAAAGAAACAUCCCGAAAACCGAAAAAUCGUCGCCCAUGAAAAAAGUUCCACCGAUUGAGAAUUUUCGCGCCAAAUCUCAAACUUCCAUAACAGGAUUGAGUCCUGUUUUGUAAUUUUGCAUUCAAUUAAUUUUUAACUUAACAUUCAUUUCUUCCAAUAUUAAAUAUUACAAAAGUAAUUGCAUAAAUGAGAAGUUCAGUUGUAUUUGUCUACUUUCCAAGCUUUGAUUUGAUCCAAUCCAUCACUCCUCCUGUAAAUAAAACUUUAAAAUC